CGGCGACAUUCAGUAACGGCAUCGUCGUCGAUCGCCCAGCACAGCGUGCGCUUUCCACACCGCCGAAUUUUCCGAGCGCCUCGCACGCUCGCUCACUGUUUGGAAAACUAAUCGCGCUAAUAGUUCUCGACGAGCGCGUUCACCUGUCUAGAACGUCCGCACGCGUUGGCAUGGGAAGUUGCGCUCGUUCAACCAAGUUUCUUCCGACACGCCAAAAAAUACGAAAAUAAAAAUCACACACCUGCAACCUGCGCGCUGCGGCGAGGUGGUUGAACGCCAAAACCGCACAGCUUCUACUGAAACGUUAACAACAACAAAAACAAAUAUAGAACUAUUGAAAAGUUUCAACUUGCACGAACUCUAAUCACCACUAUCGUCUCACCACAGCAGAAAAGAAAAAGUGUUUGUGCACAUUGUAAAAAUCUAGAUUCAAUACGCAACGAAGAGUACAUCAAUUUCGACCAGUCUGCUUCCAGCAUACGUACCGGGGAAAAAAUCCACAUCCAUUCGAUAGAAAGAGAGGUAGGAUAAGUGAAGAUUGGAUCUGACACCAUAUUGCUGUGCAAAUAUAAAUCACAAAUUACUUCGUAAGCAGUCCGUGGUUAUUGCAAUACACAGAUUGAUUCUCCGCAAUACCACUUCAGUCAGCUCGAUUUGAUAGACUUGAAUGUACAGCGCCGCAUCUUGAGGGGCCAAUCAAUUGUGACUUACAAGUUUUACAUUUGAUUUGCAUUCGCACACUGGCCCACCAUCCAACCAGGCGACCCCUACUAUGCAAGUUUCUUUAGCCAGCGCAAGAUUUACGACACAAACCGAUCGCCACGCGAGGAGUGGCACGGGGAAAGCUAGCAACUAGAUCAAAUCUUCGCGCGCGCGAAAGCUCGCACUGUCGGCGAUUUCACACUAUAUCAACCAUUCGAAAAUUAAACGAAAUGGAUAUUCAUGAUAAUUUAACUGAAAAUGGCACCGGAAUGGCGAUGCUUUGUGCUCCUGAAAAUCCCACGUUGGUAUUCCAGGAAGUUCUUUAUGCCAUUGUAUGUCUCGUCGGACUUGUCGGAAACACACUCGUCAUCUAUGUCGUCGUGCGUUUCUCGAAAAUGCAAACGGUAACCAACAUGUACAUUGUAAAUUUGGCCAUCGCGGACGAAUGCUUUCUGAUAGGCAUCCCUUUUCUGAUGGUGACUAUAAUGAAGAAGUCAUGGAUCUUCGGUGAGAUACCCUGUAAAGCGUACCUCAUUCUGACAAGUAUAAACCAGUUUACGAGCAGUUUGUUCCUCUUCAUCAUGAGCGCUGACCGCUACAUUGCGGUUUGUCAUCCAAUCUCUUCGCCAAAGUUCCGAACGCCAUUUAUAUCACGCAUAGUUUCAAUGGCGGCAUGGCUCUGCAGUAUUGUGCUUAUGAUACCCAUUUUGAUUCACUCUAAUGAGUAUCAGUCGCCUUGUAUUGAUGGUGUUACAAUGGAGAAUAUCACUAAAGUGUCCUGUGGUAUCAACUGGGGCCACAGUUCACAGCUACUAUCUUCUCCGUUUGCUUACACUCUCUAUACAUUUGUUUUUAGUUUUGCUAUUCCUUUGAGUCUUAUUUUGGUGUUUUAUUGUUUGGUUAUUAAAAAAUUGAAAACUGUAGGCCCGCAGAAUAAGUCCAAGGAGAAGAAACGCUCACAUCGUAAAGUUACAAAUUUAGUACUUACAGUCGUCACUGUGUAUGUUUGUUGUUGGACGCCAUAUUGGAUCACACAGAUUGCGCUUAUUACCGACGAGCAUCAGGAUGAAGGGUCCAACUUUGUCGUGACGAUUCACCUGCUCGCCUCGUGUCUGAGUUAUUCUAACUCAGCGAUGAAUCCUAUUCUCUACGCCUUCUUAAGCGAUAACUUCAAGAAGAGUUUCCUGAAGGCGUGCACUUGUGCGGCGGGCAAGGAUAUCAACGCAACACUCCAUCUGGAGAAUAGUGUAUUCCCUAGGAAGAACAAGCAAGGUUCGACUAAAUUCCGCACAGCACGCGGAACCUCAAUCUGUCCCAACAACGAGGACGAAUGCGAUCUCGGGCCGUUAGUGAGCAAAGGAGAUCCUUCCACGUCCGCCAUCACAAUGACAUCUAGGUCGAUCAACUUGAAUUCCUCGGAUAACAAUCGAGAUUCGACUACGAAAGACACAGUCGUCAAAAAUGGACUGGCGAUCACAUUCAGCGCCAACUUAUAAACAUAUUUUGAAAUAGAUUAAAAACAAUGUUGGGAGAAGAACAUUUUCUGCACGGAUCAAUUGUUGUUCGAAUGCUGAUGAAACUGUGAUGAACUCUAUAAAUGAACAAAAGUCUCAUUUUGUUUGUGAUUUGUGAAUUUACAUUUUGAGAAAGAGCAAAUGGAACAAGUUGCCAUUUUUACGACGAAGAACAUGUUUAUUUUGUUUCAAAUCUUAUGCAUGAUACAUUAAUAUUAAUAUUAUUAUAAAAUGAUUAAAAUAACGUUGCAGGGUAAAACAAAAACAUUAACACAUAAUAAUAUAGCUAAGAAUAUAAAGUUGCAUGAAAUUUGCCCGAUUUAUCUGCAUAUCUCCUUAAUUACAAGUUAUAUAAGCAAACGUAUAUACCACAAAUACCAUAUUACAGUACUAACAUGAAUAACAAAAAACGAAGAAAUGUGUCUUUAGUGUAUAAACAUAAUCCAGUGUUUUCGAUGUAUAUGAAUGACGAUUGAAGAUGUUAAACCGAUGUGAAAACUGAGAUGGACUAAGAAGUAAUGACAGGGUCGCGGCACAAAUGUCGAAUGUGUUCCAUUUUUGAGCCCAAUGGAACCACUUCGACAAAAAGCAAAGUUUGCAAAUUAUGUAAUUGUGCAGAGCCAUAGCAAAUGAUGAUUAUUUGCUAUGGUUGUGUAUCAAAACUAAGAACUGAGGAGAUUGCACACGAGAACGAAUUUGUGACGAUAUGAAGGGUAUUGGGAGUGUGAUGUAAUUUAUUUUUGGAAACUAAAUGGUGGCUGUUUCAUGUGGUUUAAUGUGUUUAUGUACAUAUUUUUACUAUCGAUGGUAACUAUUAACGUAGUAUUUUUAGUAUUAAGCAUCUGUGAUAUUAACAUUAAUAAUAUCGUAAUUUUAGUAAUACAUUAAUAAAUGUUUGUAUUGAAGUAAACUGUAAGGUGGACAGAACAAUUUUGAAGUGAUUAUAUUACAUUGUAUAUGAUAUGAAAAUGUUAGGGAAUUUAUUUUGUAAUAUAACGAAUUUCAUCAGAGCUGCUUCUGGCCGAAAGCACCAUAAAUAAUACUCGUUAUGAAUUGUGACCAGUUAAUAUCUACUUUGAAAAAUUUAAAAUUCAUUGUAUUUAGAAUAAAUGUAUACAAUAUAUUUCAUGUACACCUA